AUGGGGUUCUCAGUAACACAUUUCUUAAUUUAUGGUUUGAAUAUGCACCUAUGGUCAAGUGGGCUUCUAUUUGAACUAGUGGUUUUAUCAUACUUGUGGUUGCGAGUUUCGAGCCUUGGUUCCAUGUCAUCCAUUGCUGUCUCUUAUGGCGAAAAAGGUUCUGUUUUUUGUGGUUUGAAAUCAGAUGGGUCUCAUACUGUGACCUGUUAUGGAUCCAACUCAGCCAUAAUCUAUGGAACACCGACCCAUUUCUCAUUCCUCGGUCUAACUGCUGGAGAUGGUUUUGUCUGUGGCCUUCUAAUGAGUUCUAAUCAACCUUAUUGCUGGGGUAGCAGUAGCUACAUUGAAAUGGGUGUGCCUCAACCUAUGAUUAAAGGAGCUCAGUACCUAGAAAUUAGUGCUGGGGAUUACCAUGUUUGUGGGUUGAGGAAACCUUUGACUGGAAGAAGACACAGGAACAUUUCUUCUUUUGUUGAUUGUUGGGGCUAUAACAUGACCAAGAACUAUGUGUUUGGUGGACAGGUUCAAUCAAUCUCAGCUGGUUCUGAAUUCAAUUGUGGGUUGUUUUCUCAGAAUAGGACUGUGUUCUGCUGGGGAGAUGAGACUAGUAGCAAGGUGAUUAGUUUGAUUCCUCUGCACAUGAGAUUCCAAAAGAUUUCUUCUGGUGGGUAUCAUGUGUGUGGAAUCUUAGAGGGGGUAAAUUCUAAAACUGUUUGUUGGGGGAGAAGUUUGGAUAUUGAGGAAGAAAUUUCAGUGAGACAUGCAGGUCAAGGAAAUGUUGAUUUGGCUCCAAAUGAUCCCAUGCUUUCUGUAGUGGGAGGAAAGUUCCAUGCUUGUGGCAUUAAGAGCUAUGAUCAUGUAGUGAUUUGUUGGGGUUUUAUUGUCAAACCAAGCACACCAGUUCCUAGUGGGGUUAAGGUCUUUGAAAUUGCAGGUGGUGAUUAUUUUACUUGUGGUGUACUUGCUGAGAAAUCUCUUAUGCCUGUUUGUUGGGGUGUUGGUUUUCCUACCUCUCUACCUUUAGCUGUUUCACCAGGAAUGUGCAAGCCUGCUCCAUGUCCUCCUGGUUUCUAUGAAAUUGAUCAGCAGCAUAAGGGUCUUUGCAACUCACCAGAUUCUCGUGUUUGCAUGCGCUGCAGUGGUGCUUGUCCUGCUGAAAUGUAUCAGAGAAAUGGAUGCAAAUUGUCUUCUGAUAGACUAUGUGAAUAUAACUGUUCUGCUUGUUCUUCACCUAAAUGCUUCUUAAACUGCUCCUCUUCAUAUUCCACUGUUGCCACUGGAAAGAAAAAUGAAAAACUUUGGGCUUUGCAGUUACCAGUUGUUAUUGCAGAGAUUGCUUUUGCAGUUUUCAUAGUUAGUAUUGUAUCAUUAGCUGCAGUGUUAUAUGUUCGAUACAGGCUACGAUAUUGUGAGUGCUCAAUGAGGUCAAAGGUGAAGAAAGUUAAUGGUAGUUCUUCCCUCCAAAAGGAUAACAGCAAGAUCCGGCCAGACUUGGAGGAGUUCAAGAUAAGGAGGGCUCAAAUGUUCACCUAUGAGGAACUUGAAAGUGCAACUGGUGGAUUCAAAGAAGAAUCCAUAGUAGGGAAGGGAAGUUUUUCUUGUGUAUUCAAGGGAGUUCUGAAAGAUGGGACAGUUGUUGCUGUUAAAAGGGCUAUAGUAUCUCCCAACAUGCAGAAGAAUUCCAAAGAGUUUCACACAGAACUUGACUUACUCUCCAGAUUAAACCAUGCCCAUUUGCUCAACCUUCUAGGAUAUUGUGAAGAAGGCAGAGAAAGACUUCUAGUCUAUGAGUUCAUGGCUCAUGGAUCUUUGCACCAACAUUUGCAUGGGACAAACCAAGUGUUGAAAGAGCAGCUAGAUUGGAUAAGAAGGGUAACAAUUGCAGUCCAAGCAGCUCGUGGAAUUGAAUAUUUGCAUGGAUACGCUUGUCCACCUGUGAUUCACAGAGACAUUAAGUCCUCAAACAUCCUCAUUGAUGAAGAACACAAUGCUCGUGUUGCUGAUUUUGGUUUAUCAUUGUUGGGUCCUGCAGAUAGUAGUUCCCCACUAGCUGAACUACCAGCUGGAACUCUUGGCUAUCUUGAUCCUGAAUACUAUAGGCUUCACUACCUCACCACAAAAUCUGAUGUCUAUAGCUUUGGGGUUCUAAUUUUGGAAAUUCUAAGUGGUAGAAAAGCCAUUGACAUGCAAUAUGAACAAGGGAAUAUAGUUGAAUGGGCAGUGCCACUGAUCAAGUCAGGAGAUAUAACUGCAAUUUUGGACCAGGUUUUGAAACCUCCUAAUGAUCUUGAAGCCUUGAAAAGGAUAGCUAAUGUGGCUUGUAAAUGUGUGAGAAUGAGAGGAAAAGAGAGACCCUCAAUGGACAAAGUAACAACAGCUUUGGAGAGAGCUCUUGCACAGUUAAUGGGUAGUCCAUGCAUUGAGCAACCAAUUUUGCCCACUGAGGUUGUUUUGGGAAGUAAUAGAUUACACAAGAAAUCAUCUCAUAGAUCUUCAAACAGGUCAGUUUCUGAGACUGAUGUGGCAGAAAAUGAUGACCAAAGGUUUGAGUUCAGAGCACCCUCAUGGAUAACAUUCCCCAGUGUUACAUCUUCUCAAAGAAGAAAGUCAUCAUCACUAUCAGAGGCUGAUGUUGAUGGGAAAAUUACAGAAGUGAAGAACUUGGGCAAUGUUGGAGGUGGUGGUGAAGUUUUCAGAAGUCUUGAGGAUGAGAUUGGACCUGCUUCUCCUGAAGAGAGGUUGUUCUUGCAACACAACUUCUAA